AUUUUUCCUCCAGGUAACAAUUGUGUACAUUUCGACUGCUCCCUAAUGCCAAUCUCUCUCUCUCCAGUCUCCCAAUACUGAUGGUUUACCACAGACUACAUUGUAGUUUACAUCAAAAACACAUUCAGUGUAUAUUUGUAACUGGUUGGGUGCCCGAUUCAACGGACGGGAAGACGCGCGGAAAGCUACGGGUAGAUGGCUAGAUGCUCACGAACAUCAACAGGGGGUCGUGUGUGCGCAACACAGUCUCACAAUCAAUUCGUGUGAGGCUGGGCUGGUGUGUGAGGUAGAGAGAGUGAGAGAGAGACAGACAGACAUCAAGAGACCUUUUGUAAUCAAUAAGAACAGAAGAAACAUUGAGAUUCUCCAACAAAGAUAUUGGCAAACUAUUUUUACAUUCUAAGAGCGCGACACGAUCAAGAUCCUUCGUGGGACUGCAAUUGAACAGUGAGAAGGCACAAAUUAUACAAAUUGAAACAAUAAUUACGCUUUGCGAGAAGAAGCUGAUCCGUGUCGUGGAUUGGAUUGGGGUCAAUCAACUUGUAUCUCAACGUCAAGAUAAUAGAAAGAGUUACCAUGGAAACUGUUCUGUUCUUCCUCUUUUCGCUCCUGGUGUAUGUGGCUGCAGUCGCAGACCUAUGUGCCGAGGAUGGUGAAAAGGAGAAGAAAGAGGUGGACCCGUUUGUCUAUGACUAUCAUAGCCUGCGGAUCUGUGGACUGGUCUUUGGUGUGGUACUCUUCGCGCUGGGCAUCCUCCUCAUCCUCAGUAAGUCUUCAUACUUCAGCCGAAAAUGUCGCUGCUGUCCCAAUCAGGAGAAGAAGCUCAAGGCCCCUGGAGACGAAGAGGCGACGGCAGAGACCCUGAUCGUGUCCAAAGCUAAGGAGCCGGAGCCAGAGCCUGAAGCUAAGGCUGAGAACUGAGAAGGCCCAACCAGACUGCCUCCCCACCUGACUGACGUACAACCAUAUCUGCCACUGAACCACCAGUGGUGGAAAAAGUACACAAUUGUCAUACUUGAGUAAAUGUAAAGAUACCUUAAUAGAAAAUGACUCAAGUAAAAGUGAAAGUCACCCAGUAAAAUACUACUUGAGUAAAAGUCCAAAAGUAUUUGAUUUUAAAUAUACUUAAGUAUCAAAAGUAAAUGUAAUUUCAAAAAUAUAUCAAAAGUAUAAAUCAUUUCAAAUUCCUUAUAUUAGGCAAACCAGACGGCACAAUUUAUUUUAAUUUUUUUAAUUUUACGGAUAGUCAUGGGUACACUCCAACACUCAGACGUAAUUUACAAACAAAGCAUUUGUGUUUAGUGAGUCCGCCAGAUCAGAGGCAGUAGGGAUGACCAGGGAUGUUCUCUUGAUAAGUGUGAGAAUUGGACAAUUUUACUGUUCUGUUCAGCAUUCAAAAUGUAACGAGUACUUUUGGGUGUCAGGGAAAAUGUAUGGAGUAAAAAAUACAUUAUUUUCUUUCGCUGUAAAAGUUGUCAAAAAUAUAAAUAGUAAAGUACUUAAGUGGUACUUUAAAGUAUUUUUACUUAAGUACUUUACACCACUGUGAACCACUUCCUAAGGACCAACACAAUGAUGAUGCUGACGAUGACAAAGAUGAUGCAGAAGAAUGAAGAUGAUGCAACAGGAAGACUGUGCGACCACAGGACAAGGGGUAGGAGAGUGUAGAGGUGGGUGGGGGGAUAAUGCAGAUGUAAAUAAACCUCUAACCUAUUGUUCUGUGCUCUGUGCCCGUGUACGUGUCUCAGUGAUCUCGUGUGUACCUGUGCCUUUCUGCGACAGUCGGUCUCCAGUUUGUUGUCUUAGCCAGUGACACCUUUUUGCAGAUCGCCUUUACCACAGUUCUUAAUAAUUAGAGAUGUGUCAAGAAAUGUUGUUCUUGUUUGUGUUUAGCUUAUAUUCUGUGUUUCUAUCGUCUUUAGGUUUUAGAGGUUACUGUUUGCUAUAUUUUUCUGAGCUGUUAUUAUCACUUUCACUCUUGUAACAAUUGUCCUUAAUGACGUUUUUCACGUGGUAGAUGAUAUACAAUAUAUACACUACCGUUCAAAAGUUUGGGGUCACUUAGAAAUGUCCUUGUAUUUUAUAGAAAAGUGCAUUUUAUGUCCAUUAAAAUAACAUCAAAUUGAUCAGAAAUACAGUGUAGACAUUGUUAAUGUUGUGAAUGACUAUUGUAGCUGCAAACUGCACAUUUUUUAUUGAAUAUCUACAUAGGAGUGCAGAGGCCCAUUAUCAGCAACCAUCCCUCCUGUGUUCCAAUGGCACGUUGUGUUAGCUCAUCCAAGUUGAUCAUUUUAAAAGGCUAAUUGAUCAUUAGAAAACCCUUUUGAAAUUGUUAGCACAGCUGAAAACUGUUGUGCUAAUUUUAAAGAAGCAAUACAACUGGCCUUCUUUAACCUAGUUGAGUAUAUGGAGCUUCAGCAUUUGUGGGUUCGAUUACAGGCUCAAAAUGUCCAGAAAAAAAUAACUUUCUUCUGAAACUUGUCAGUCUAUUCUUGUUCUGAGAAAUGAAGACUAUUCAAUGUGAGAAAUUGCCAAGAAACUGAAGAUCUUAUACAACGCGGUGUACUACUCCCGUUACAGAACAGCACAAACUGGCUCUAACCAGAAUAGAAAGAGGUGUGGGAUGCCCCGGUGCACAACUGAGCAAGAGGACAAGUACAUUAGUGUCUAGUUUGAGAAACGGACGCCUCACAAGUCCUCAACUGGCAGCUAUAUUAAAUAGUACCCACAAAACACCUGUCUCAACGUCAACAGUGAAGAGGCGACUCCGGGAUGCUGGUCUUCUAAGCAGAGUUGCAAAGAAAAAGCCAAAUCUCAGACUGGCCAAUAAAAAGAAAAGAUUAAGAUGGACAAUAGAACACAGACACUGGACAGAAGAACUCUGCCUAGAAAGCCAGCAUCCUGGAGUCGUCUUUUCACUGUUGACGUUGAGACAGGUGUUUUGUGGGUACUAUUUAAUAAAGCUGCCAGUGAGACGUCUGUUUCUCAAACUAGACACUGUUUCUGGCCAUUUUGAGUCUGUAAUUGAACCCACAAAUGCUGAUUCUCCAGAUACUCAACUAGUCUAAAGAAGACCAGUUUUAACUUUUAACAGUUUUCAGCUGUGCUAACAUAAUUGCAAAAGGGUUUUCUAAUGAUCAUUUAGCCUUUUAAAAUGAUCAACUUGGAUUAGCUAACACAACAUGCCAUUGGAACACAGGAGUGAUGGUUGCUGAUAAUGUGCCCCUGUUGGUCUACGUAGAUAUUUCGUUAAAAAUCAGCCGUUUCCAGCUACAGUAGUCAUUUACAACAUUAACAAUGUCUACACUGUAUUUCUGAUGAAUUUGAUGUUAUUUUAAUGGACAAAAAAAUGGGCUUUAAUUUUAAAAAACAAGGACAUUUCUAAGUGACCCAAAACUUUUGAACUGUAGUGUACAAGCAUUAUAUACUAGUAUAAAUACCCUAUACACAGUAUACAGUUCUAGCUAUAUAUAUGUCAAUAUAUGUGUGCCUGUGUGGGUACAUGAGUUUGGGUGGUUUGCAUGUGUGUCUGAGAGGUUGUGUGUAUUUGGCUGUGUUGCGCCUUACACACGAGAAUCAAACUGCCACAGUUUGCUGACCAAGCACAAGAAUGCAUCAGAGUUAAAUAGGAGCUCACCAACAGUAGUCACUGUAGUGAAGUGAGCUCAUACAUCAGCUAUAUCACUGCCUUGUCCUAGACAACGGUCCAAUCUAGUGUCCUCUUCUGUCAUUGGCCGAGCCGGGCGAUACCGCCCUCAGAGGCAGGCUAUGAUUGGACGGUUCCCACACCCACACCAGUGCCGCAAAUCUGUGUCCCUCUUAUUGUUUAGUUGAGAAGUUACGGUAGCCGAUUGCAAAAUCAGUCUCAACCAAUGGUGUCUCUCUGUUUUGUAUUGUAUGAUGCGUUUAGUUAAUGAGAGAGCGGGCCUACGUGUGACUGAGAGUGUGUGUGGAUACUAAGUGUGCCAGAGUCAUAGUUUUAGCCGCCAAAUUAGGUGAAGGAAAUCAAAGGAAAAGAUCAUUUGCUCUGUAUCAGACAUCAGGUAAAGCGUAUGGUCACGCGGUCAGAUGCACGUAGUCUUGUGCAGAGUGUCAUUGAUACAAUCCCAAAAAAAACACACUGUCACGACCAUAAGUAACUAACUCUGUUCACUCUGUGCAUGAGGUUGUAUUGUAUAGCUGUAUUUUGUGCUUUUAACAUCGAAAUAAAGAGUCUAUCGCCAACAA